CCAUGAUCAUCUCUUUCUCUCUCUCUCUCUCAUGUAGUCAUUCUUCGCAUUGACCGUCCUCAAACCCGGAUUUUGGCUUCAUUCGAGUACUCUAUGUCUGGAUCCUCGUGAGCGAUAAGGCCUCCCAGAAGAUUUUGAGCUCUUUUUCAUGGUUGAGAAACCCCUUGCCGAGCCUCGAUGGAUGGGCUGCUCCCGAGUGACACCUGGACCGAUCCCUGGCGCGCCGCGUACCGGUCAGGUCGGAUAGCAGCCCGCCGCUGAUAGCGGCAUUCGGUUUCCCGCGCUGGGCCUCGUGUGAUAGCGGCGGCUUCAAGUGUAUAUAAAGCGGGCGGCGGUUUGUUCAGGUUGUUGGCGACUUUGUCGACGACGGUCGCCUUCGACACCCGACUUCCUGACGAACGGUAUCGUCUGAUAUAGCCAGCAUGUUCGCAUCCCAGUUGCUUCUCGCGUCUGUCGUGGCGGCGGCCUCGUUCUUUGACGCUCGUGAUGUUGUUGAGGCGGUGGUGCCAGUGGUUGGCGCGGAGACCAACGGGACGGAGGCGAAGUUUGGGGAUGAGUACUACAACUACUGGCUCUACGACGCCGACACGACCUCCUUCGACCUCACGCGCGGUAAUUCAACUAAUGCGAAGACGCUCAAGGCCGGGAAGAAGACGAUCACCGUGAACCCGGAGAAGAGCGCGCUUAUCGUUGUGGACAUGCAGAACUUCUUCCUCAACCCCGCCUACACCGACUUCCCCGCCGGCCUGGCUGCCGUCCAGCCGACGAUUGACUCCGUCAAGGCCUUUCGCGCUGCGGGUGCGAAGGUCAUUUGGUGUCAGUGGGGCCUAACGGAGUACGAUUUGAAAUUCAUCCCGCCGUCGUACAAGUUCAGCUUCGCUACGGACAAGGACCCCGAGCAGAGCUUCGGGUCCGAGAUGGGCGAGUACAAUGGCACGGACUGGGGCCGGAAGUUGGUCCCGAAGGAGUAUAACGCGCUGCCCUACGAUCCACUUUGGGAGUUGGCACAGGAGGGAAUCGAAGCUGGGACGGAUCUGUACUUCAAUAAGAACCGCCAAAGCUGCCUCUGGGGCGCGCAGACGCCUACCGGGCAGUACCUCGAGGAGAACAUGAUCUCAACCCUGUUCAUCUCGGGCGUGAACAUCGACCAAUGUGUAUAUGGGACGUUCAACGAUGCGUACUACAAGGGAUGGGAUCCCAUCAUCGUCCAGGACGCCUCGGCGACUUCCAGCCCGCAGUACGCCUACGACAUGGUGAUGUACAAUGUUGACAAGCACGGCUUCGCCGUAAACUCGACGGACAUCGUCAAGGGGAUGGCUUAAUGAGAACCUCACGAUGUAGAGUAGAUGAAUGGCAUGCCUCUCACGCAAUCGACCGUCGUGCGAACGUC